UCCAAGCCAACUUUUGUUGGUGUUUGCAUGCACUUUUCUGAGAGUCAGUCUGCUGUGGCGGCUGUACCCUCUGCAACUUCAACUUACUUUUUAAGCCACUCUGAGCCACCCACAAGAACACAAAGUCUAGAAUAUAAAGACGACAGAUGGGCUGAAAAUAGACCCUUCUGCUGGAGGAAAUCCAAGAGUUUGAAAAGCUGAAUAACUACUUUUUGUUUUGUGACAGUGCCUAGCUUUAGGAUACUGCUGCUCCGGGUGUCUGGUCUGAAAGGGGGACUCACAUUGCAGCUUUUAGAGGAUGGCAGAGACCAAAAGGAGAUGAAAAGAGGAGAGCAGCAGAGGUUUGUGUGCGGAACUUCAGAGCUGCAGAAGUCCUUUGUCCUGAGCUCUCCCUGCACAGUUGGACCGAAGCUGACAAUGGAGAUGAGCGUGGAAUGCAGAUGGAUCGGUCAAGACAAGUUUCCAAUAUAGAGCUUCCUGUUUGGAGUUGUACCUGAGACUGACUGUGUCUGAUGGAUUACGCUGUUUUCUACGAGCUGAUGACAUGAAUUCAGAGGCCAGUGAGAUGUGGAAGCGCUCGCCUUCAGGAAUCUGAGACCUGGAUGAGCCUUCUAGCAAGACGAGAACAUUUAAGUGAAGGAGGCAAACCACGGACUUGUUAUGGUGUGGCAUCGGACCGAUCGUGUGCUUUUAAGCUGUUUGUAGCACCCUCUACCCCUCACCCCAUGUCACAUCUUUCCCUGAAUUAUGGAAAUUUUGUGGAAGACGCUGACUUGGACUCUGAGCCUGGUGGUGAUGGUUGCUUCUGAAUUUCAAAGCAUCAACAAACUUUCACACAACUCUCAAGAGGAGUUCCUGUCCUACCUGCAGCACUACCAGUUGACUGUCCCAAUGCGGGUGGAUGAGAACGGGGAGUUCCUGAGCUACACUGUGAAAAACCACCGGCCGGGCCGACGGAGACGGGGGGCGGUGGACCCCAUAAUGGGACAGCUGCCUGCGUUAGACCCGGAGCCUUCAGAGACCCGGCUGUUCUACAGACUGUCAGCCUACGGAAAGCACUUUCACUUAAACCUGACACUCAACCCGCACCUGGUGUCAAAACAUUUUACAGUGGAGUAUUGGGGCAAAGGAGGGCUGGAGUGGCGUCAUAACGUUGUAGAUAACUGUCACUAUGUUGGAUUCUUGCAAAAUCAGCAGAGCACAACGAGAGUGGCACUCAGCAACUGCAAGGGUCUGCACGGUGUUAUAACAACAGAGGAAGAACAGUAUUUGAUAGAGCCAUUAAAGAACAUAUCCUCCACCACCUCCGGUGAAUGGAACCUGGAAGAAGCACAGCAACAUGUUAUUUAUAAAAUGUCUGCCAUUCCCUCACCGCAGGAGCAUAGCCAGGAGUUCAGCUGUGGCAUUUCAGACCUCAUUAAAAACAGUGCACCUUGCCAUUCCAGCACACCUUCCCCUGUCCACUCGUCCCCUGCACCCCAAAACUACAGCAAGCAGUCAAACAGCACCCACAGACAAAGGCGCUCGGUCAGCAGCGAGCGCUUCGUGGAGACACUUGUGGUUGCUGAUAAAAUGAUGGUCGGUUACCACGGACGCAAAGACAUUGAGCACUACAUCUUGUCUGUAAUGAAUAUUGUUGCCAAACUUUACCGUGAUGCCAGUCUAGGAAAUGUUGUGAACAUUAUUGUGACCCGGUUGAUUGUUCUGACCGAAGAUCAGCCCAACCUGGAGAUUAACCAUCAUGCUGACAAGUCACUGGACAGUUUCUGUAAGUGGCAGAAGUCCAUUCUGUCUCAUCACAGCGAUGGCAACAGCAUUCCUGAAAAUGGGAUGGCUCAUCAUGACAACGCUGUCCUAAUCACCCGGUAUGACAUCUGCACCUACAAGAACAAACCCUGUGGUACCUUGGGCCUGGCCUCCGUGGCUGGAAUGUGCGAGCCGGAGAGGAGUUGCAGCAUCAAUGAAGACAUCGGCCUCGGAUCUGCCUUCACCAUUGCGCACGAGAUCGGCCACAAUUUUGGGAUGAACCAUGAUGGGAUUGGGAAUUCCUGCGGUACCAAAGGCCACGAGACAGCCAAACUGAUGGCCGCUCAUAUAACCGCCAACACCAACCCUUUCUCCUGGUCUGCCUGCAGCAAAGACUACAUCACCAGCUUUCUCGACUCAGGUCGGGGGACGUGUCUGGACAAUGAACCUUUGAAACGAGACUUCCUGUACCCAACAGUGGCCCCGGGGCAGGUGUACGAUGCAGACGAGCAGUGUCGCUUCCAGUACGGAGCCUCCUCACGUCAGUGCAAGUAUGGGGAAGUGUGUAGAGAGCUCUGGUGCCUUAGCAAAAGCAACCGCUGUGUAACUAACAGUAUCCCUGCUGCAGAGGGGACUCUGUGCCAGACUGGCAGCAUUGAGAAAGGGUGGUGCUUCCAGGGGGAGUGUGUGGGGUUCGGUACCUGGCCUCAGAGUCUGGACGGAGGCUGGGGGCCCUGGUCGACGUGGGGGGAGUGCAGCAGGACCUGUGGGGGCGGUGUAUCCUCCUCCAUGAGGCACUGUGACAGCCCAGCCCCAUCUGGAGGAGGCAAGUACUGUCUCGGAGAGAGGAAGCGUUACAGAUCUUGUAACACCGACGCCUGCCCUGUAGGAGCGCGUGAUUUCCGAGAGAAGCAGUGUGCUGAUUUUGACAUGAUGCCUUUCCGUGGGAAGUACUACAACUGGAAGCCUUACACUGGCGGUGGUGUUAAGCCCUGUGCGCUGAACUGCUUGGCAGAGGGCUAUAACUUCUACACAGAGCGCUCUCCUGCAGUCAUAGAUGGCACCCGGUGUCAGGCUGACUCUCUGGACAUUUGCAUCAAUGGAGAGUGUAAGCAUGUGGGCUGCGACAACAUCUUGAGCUCUGAUGCUAAAGAAGAUCGAUGUCGUGUGUGCGGAGGGGACGGCAGCACCUGCGAGGCAUCAGAAGGACUCUUCAAUGAGUCUCUACCCCGAGGAGGCUACAUGGAGGUGGUUCAGAUCCCAAAAGGGUCGGUUCACAUCGAGAUCAAGGAGAUUGCCAUGUCGAAGAAUUAUAUUGCUUUGAAAUCUGAAGGGGAUGAUUAUUACAUCAACGGAGCGUGGACCAUCGACUGGCCCAGGAAGUUUGAUAUCGCAGGGACGGCCUUCCACUACAAGAGACCCUCUGAUGAGCCGGAGUCUUUAGAGGCGCUGGGAGCGACCACUGAAAACUUGAUUGUCAUGGUCCUCCUUCAGGAACAGAACCUGGGAAUACGUUACAAAUUCAACGUGCCCAUCCAGCACACAGGAAGUGGUGACAACGAGGUGGGCUUCUCCUGGCACCACCUGCCCUGGUCUGAAUGCUCAUCUACCUGCGCUGGAGGUUCCCAGAAGCAGGAGGUGGUGUGUAAAAGGCUGGAUGACAACUCGGUGGUCCAGAACAGCUACUGUGACCCAGACAGCAAACCUCCAGAGAACCAGAGAGACUGCAACACUGAGGCGUGUCCUCCGGAGUGGUUUAUUGGCGACUGGCUGGAGUGUGGGAAAACAUGUGACGGCGGGAUAAGGACAAGGACAGUCCUGUGUAUCAGGAAGAUUGGCCCUGUAGAGGAGGAGACUCUGGAGGACACCCACUGUCUGACUCACCGACCUAUCGAACAAGAGACAUGCAACAACCAGUCCUGCCCGCCAAAGUGGGUCACUCUGGAUUGGUCAGAGUGCACGCCCAAAUGUGGCCCCGGUUUCAAGCACCGCAUCGCCUUGUGUAAGAGCAGCAACCUGACCAAGACCUUCCCACCCGCCCACUGCCCGAGCCACAACAAACCUCCGGUCCGAAUCCGCUGCAGUUUAGGACGCUGUCCUCCUCCUCGUUGGAUCCCUGGUGAAUGGGGCCAGUGUUCGGCCCAUUGCGGCCUGGGCCAGCAGAUGAGGACGGUGCAGUGUCUUUCUUACACCGGGCAGCCGUCUAACGAGUGCGCCGAGUCGCUCCGACCCACCACCAUGCAGCAGUGUGAGAGCAAGUGCGACGCCACCCCCAUCUCCAACGGCGAUGAAUGCAAAGAUGUAAACAAAGUGGCCUACUGCCCGCUGGUACUGAAGUUCAAGUUCUGCAGCCGUGCGUACUUCAGACAGAUGUGCUGCAAGACCUGCCAGGGGCACUGACCCAGGGAGCGCGAGAACCAGAUGUAGUGAGAGACAUAGAGAGAAAGGCAAGAAAGAUGGAAGAUGAUGCGCACUGAAAGGGAGAGAAGAGGAAAACAGGGCGGACGGAAAAAGGAACCCAACCUCUGGACCAGGGGAAGACAGAGAGGGAAUAAGGGGGGAGAGAAGUAAGGAUUUCCCUGUUUAUGACAUCUGAUCCUCCUGCCCUCCAUCGUUGUGGAAUCCAAACCACUGCUCAGCCCAAAACGCUGACACAAACUUUUUAAUUUUGUUUAAUUUUCACUUCUGUGAAGUGGAACUCGGAAGAUUAUUUGUUGGUGAUGUUAUUUUUAUUAUAAUAAUAAUUAUUAAUAUCAUUGUUAGUCUUCCUUCAUGUUUGUUGUUUUAUGAAUCCAAAGUGCUGGACACAUCGCUCACAGAGGAUGUACCCCGGAGAUGGACAGACGGAGGGGAGGACUCCUCGCUAGAAGUGGGGAGUUGAAAGUGUCGGACUCUUGUCUUUGGGAUGACUGUGAUGGUGCCAUUGCCAGGCAGUCUUUUGGCUUCGGUGCACUUUUUUGUGUAAAUACUUUGCCAAUUUAACGCUCAAAUACGACAGAGAAACCCCAUCAGUGUACUGUAUAUUUAUUGUACAAUUCCAACCGGAGCUGAGAUAUUGUCCUCUGAUCAUGUUUGUGUCAGAUAGUAGCCUACUGUCAUGGAAGGGAAUGUAAUGUGAUUGAAUUCAUAUUCAACGUCUCUGUGCUGGAAUGAAAAUAUUACAUACUGUAACAUACGUUAAACCCUUAUAUACUGUAAGGAAUUGUAUAUUAUAUAUGAUGUUAAUCCAGGACCAGAAAAUCCCACGUGGUUAUAGGAGGAUUUUUAAAAUCACCUUUUCUUUCCCCAGAUGGGUGCCUUUGUUCCUAACACUCAAAUAAAAGUUGACGCAGUCAUUAGUUCAGAGUAGUAUGAAGACAUUGUCAGACUGUGCCUGGGCCACAUGAAACACAAUGACCAACGUGGCCUUUACUAAACAUCCCACUGAGGAGCUUUCAGUUCACUUUUGAAGGAUUCAUUUUGAAGGAGCAUAUUCUAUGAAGCAGCUUGUUCAUUGGAAUCACAGUGCAGUCACUAGUUCCUACUCUUUCAAGCUGGAUGAUUAUUUAAUCAAAAUGUCAGUUAGCUGUCAUCAUUUAUUUUUCUGCAGCACGCGAAGACUGUUGUGGUUUCAGUGCUGGUAAGAGUUAAAGGGAUAGUUCGACAUUUUCCCCUUUUUGCUUUCUUUUCGAGAGUUAGAUGGGAAGAUUGAUACAGCUUAGCAUAAAGACUGUAAACAUAAACAUAAGGGAAACAGCUAGGCUGGCACUGUCCAAAUGUAAAAACAUCCACCUAUCAGUAUCUUUAAAGGUCACUAAAAACUAGAGGUGGAAAUUAAUUAAUCACACAUUAUUUAGUUUAGGUCACUAAGCGCUAUGAUUUAGGUACAAAACUAGGCCCAUACCAGCACUGUGGAAAGGUUAAUAGCUCAUCAGCCAACUAUUAGUGACAGAUAUCACUCAGCGCCAUUCAUGGUGGCUUGGUACGGCCAAGAAACAGUCCGGCGCAUGCCCGCCACGUGAAAUAUUUUACACUUUGUUUUCGUAAACGCACAAGUUUUAUGUGAGCUUUAGAGUUUUCCCUGUUUCCAGUCUCUCUGCAAAGCUAAGUGUCUCCUAGCUGUUUCAUAUUUAGCGUACAGACAUGAGAGUGGUAUGGAUCUUCUCAUCCGAUUCUCAGCAAGAAAAUGAAUGUGUAUUUCCCAAAUUGUCUAACUAUUCCUUUAAAUAAGGGGCCAGUGAUGAACACAUUGCAUUUAUUAUGGAAUAUGUUGGUAGACCACGUAUCCAGGCUUCAGACACCCUCCAAAGAAAGGUUACCCCCUUGUCCUUCUUCCCUUUCCUCUCAUCAUCUUUGUCCCUCAGUGAAAAUAAAAAACAGCCAACUCAAUGGUGCUUUUCCCCUCUUUUAUUUUGUUUUUUUAUUUCCUUGGAGUACUGUGUUUACCUCUUCUUUUCCUCCUGCUCUGCUCCGAGGGUUACGUCCUUCCCAGGCUUCUGGUGCUAUCAAGUGGGUGCUUCCAUUCAACCCUCCAGUGUGCUUAAAAAAAGUGAGGCUGGAUCCAAACAGUAUGAAAUAAUAUCCUUGUCAAUAUCUCUGUUGGUAAAUGCUGGUCAUGUUUUUGUUUUGUUUGUAUCUGUUUAUACCUCACACUGGGAAUUUUCUUUUGUUAACCAUGUAUUGUUGUUUGUGCUACCAACAAAAUGGACGCUCGCCCAGCUGUAACUGAUCCCUUUACCCAGACGACACUUCUGCUGGUGUAGGGGUUGUGAAAGGGAACAACGUGUCAACGUCUCCAUCACACACUAUUGUGGAGCUACAGUAGGAAUCUGAGACAUUUGAGAGACACUGUAGGAGUGUGCAAGAAUCUCAUCGAAGCUGUUAACAACUAAUUUCUAAUUUUGCUGCUGCUACUUUUUUGUAGCCACCUUCAGUAUGACAGUAUCGAGCAGAUUUUGUUGGUUACCAAACCUUAAAUGAGGCAUUUGGGAAAGGAUAGUGGAUGUUGAGAAGCAUUUGAUAUCCAUUCAAUUCAAACUGCUUGGACUAACUCAUCUACUGGCUGUGGGAUAUGGAGCCUCCAGAAAAAGAGAAGUGAAAUCAAUCAAACUGGUACUCAUUGCUGUGAACUUGGAUGUUUGAAUGUCACAUUGCUUAUACCUGUACCUAAAGUGCAAGAGAAAUGAAAAGCAUCAUGUGAUUAUUUGCUUAUAUUUUAUAUUCAGUAUUAAUGUUGGUACACUGUUACUAAUUUUUUUUUUCUCCAAAUGUAAAUUAUAUGCUAAUUUAUUGCGUUGUUUCACUUGUACAUUUAUUUCACUGCAUGCAAACUGAAAUUUAGCAUAGUGAAAAAAAUGCAGUGAUACAUCCCUUCACCAGCCCUUUUUUUAAAAAGUAGAUACAAUAAAAAGAGCAGCUUUUAAUGA